AUGGCUGAAGAUAACACAGUCGAAAUUCCUAGAGUUAAAUUGGGAAAUCAAGGACUUGAGGUCUCAAAAUUGGGGUUUGGGUGCAUGGGCUUGACUGGAGUCUACAACUCUCCUGUCGCUGAUGAGGAUGGAAUCUCGAUAAUCAAAGAUGCCUUCAGUAAAGGAAUCACUUUCUUUGACACAUCUGAUGUAUAUGGACCUCAUUUGAAUGAGAUUCUUAUUGGGAAGGCCUUGAAGCAGUUGCCAAGAGAAAAAAUUCAAUUAGCCACAAAGUUUGGUAUUACCGGCACCGUUGACCCUCCUACUAUUGUAAUCAAGGGUACUCCUGAGUAUGUCCGUUCAGCCUGCGAAGCUAGCUUGAAGCGUCUUGGUGUGGACUACAUUGAUCUGUAUUACCAACAUCGGGUGGACACUUCGGUGCCUAUAGAGGAAACUAUUGGUGAGCUGAAGAAACUGGUGGAAGAAGGGAAAGUAAAGUACAUCGGUUUAUCAGAAGCUAGCCCGGACACAAUAAGGAGGGCACAUGCAGUUCAUCCCAUCACAGCUGUACAAAUGGAGUGGUCUCUCUGGACUCGUGAUAUUGAGGAAGAGAUUAUUCCACUUUGCAGGCAUCUUGGCAUAGGUAUAGUUCCAUACAGCCCUCUUGGUCGUGGGUUUUUCGGUGGCAAAGCAGUUUUAGAAAGUGUGCCUGCAAAUAGCUUCUUGGCCUCAAAUCCUCGGUUCAUAGGCGAGAACUUGGAGAAGAACAAGAACAUUUACAAUCAAAUAGAAAGCCUUGCAAAAAAGCACCAAUCAUCUCCUGCUCAACUAGCACUAGCAUGGGUUCUCCACCAAGGAGAUGAUGUUGUGCCCAUCCCAGGGACAACAAAGAUUAAGAACCUGGAUGCAAACAUUGGCUCCUUGAGGGUGAAACUUGGAGAAGAGGACCUGAAAGAAGUUUCUGAUGCUGUCCCAAUCGACCAAGUAGCUGGUGAUAGAACCUACUCAGGCAUGACGCAUUUGCAAUGGAACUUUGCCAACACUCCUCCAAAGGUCUAA